GCCGCACGGCAGGAGAGGGAGAGAGGGAGAGAGAGACCAUCCCACCCCACGGGAAAGCGCUCGCCGCACGCAGACGCAGGCAGCCUGGGAAGCAGCUAGGGCUUAGCUAGCAGCAGCUUCGAGGAGUCCGCACGCGCCGCCGCAGCCGCGCCCCAUGGCCAAGGGCAAGUUCAAGGGCAAGCCCACCGGGCAGCGCACCUUCUCCUCCAAGGAGGAGCUCGAGGCUGGUACUUCAGCAGAUCGUCCAAAGACCUUUUCUAAGAAGAAGCAAGAGGUAUCUAACAGAAGGGAAGAGUCAAUUGAGGAGGAAAGUGAUGAAGAGGUUGAGAAGACCAAACACAAAGGCACUGCAGGUCUCAUCGAGAUUGACAAUCCAAACCUGGUGAAACCAAAGAGUAUUAAAGCCAAGGAUGUUGAUGUUGAUAGGACAACUGAUCUCUCCAGGCGUGAAAGGGAGGAGCUUGAGAAGCAGAGAGCUCGAGCGCACUAUAUGAGACUUCAGGAGGAAGGAAAGACAGAACAGGCUAGGAAAGACCUAGAUCGCCUUACCUUGAUCCGGCGGCAGAGGGAGGAAGCUGCAAAGAAGCGCGAAGAGGAAAAAGCUGCGAAAGAGGAGAGGAAGGCUGAAGCACGCAAGUGAGCCAAGCUAUGGAUGGACCAGAUAUGAUAGAUGUGUUUUGUUGCGAGACUCGACGCUGAUAUUAGCUGAACUUCCUUUUACUGCCUUUAUUAUUUACCUGUAGUAGUAUGCACUAUCACCGCAGAACCUGUGUGAAUGAUGCCUGUGCUUUGAUCCCGUUAGAUGUGAAUUCUGAACUUGAGUAGUAGAAAUGUGUUAAUGGUAGCGA